AUGCUGAGAACGGAAUCGAAGACGAAAUCAGUAAGGAAACCUCUGAGAGAUUUAACGAACAAAGGAAGUACAAAGACUUUAUCCAAAUCAGAGAUUCCGAAGAACAAGAUUAUUCCAAAAGACAGUAAUAAUCGAAACCACAACUCCCUCGAUUGCCUCCUCUUUCUUCACUCCAAUCUUUCUUCUCUCCUUCGCCAGAUUGAUGAACUUGUUGUGCAAGCUUUCAAGCUUAAGCCGUGGGUCCCCAGAUUUCAGAAGGCACUUUCGAAUCCUUCUACUGGGGAGCACGAAAAUCAUCAGCCUGGAAAAAAUUUGGAAGCUGAAAUUGUGCCUUUUGUUGAUGCAAAUGAAAAUGAAUGCUUUGAUGUUGGAAGUCCAGAAGAAACAACGUUGGACUCGUUAAUCUCCCCCUCUCCCCUUGUGUCUUGGCGUGUUGCUGACUGUAACGUUGAGAGAGGUAGACAACUGUUUCUUCUCACACCUCUUCCUCCAUCGAAAGCAAUGUCUUCCAAGAGGUGUGAAUCGUUUAAGUCAGUAAUCGAAGGGAUCGCUUCCAAAUCUAAUAUUGAGCUUGCAUCUUUUCUCAACAUUCCCGGGGAUGAAAAUGCUGACUUGCUUGAUGGUGUUGAAAUGAAGGCAACUCCAGUUAAGCCUUCUGGUUCAGUUGUGGUUGAAACAGAUAAUACAUUGGAGUGCAGGAUCGUUUCUUCACCAGUGUUUUCAAAAAGAGACCUUUCCGUGUUUGUCACGACACCAUGCUUAAAAAUGUCACCACCUAAAUCUUGUGUGCUGCUCGAACCUAUUCUCAAGUCCUGGAACAGAGGCUGUUUUUUAGUUCGCAAGUCUACCCCAUAUCCUGUUGGGAUUAACAAGAGUGGUUUUUCUGAAUCAUCUGGAAGUGAAGAAUCCCCUGAGGAUCUGUCUUUGAAGUAUCCAGAACUACGAGGAAUACAGCAAACAUAUGUACCCGAAAUCAGGAAAAAAGAGCUGGAGUCUUCACCAACAUGGUUAUUCUCACCUCCUAAAAGUUGCAUUUUGUUGGAGCCACCAGAUGAGGAACCCCUGGACAACGUUGGUACUGGUCACCACUUGACUACCACUGGUGCUUUAAAUCGACAAGCAGAUGUGGUUUUCUUGAAAGGAAAUGCUUGUCAAGAAACCAUGACAAUUAACCAAGUAAAUGCUGGCAUUAGCUUGGCUGCUGUAGAAGGUACUCCAAUGUGGAAAGAACCUCACAGCACAAUGCGGAGAGGGAAACAUCCGGGUGAGAGUACUCUAAAGAAAGAGUUAUGGUCAAAGUUUGAGGCAGUGUCGACUUAUAGUCUUCGUUACAACACCUCAGCAGUUCAAAGAACAGCUAAAAAGGGUUUUCUUGACAUGCUGGAUGAGGUUUCAUGUGAUGAAGAAAGUUCAAUAUCAGAUGGUUUGAGAUGACACUGCUCUCCAUGUCUGCAAAAAGUUCGAUUUAUAGCCGUUGGUAUUUGCAG